CUUCGAGUCACGAUGGCGCCCACGCUCUCACUAACUCGCGGCUUCAGCGAGCGCGCGUCCAUUCUCGCCUACGCCGAAGACGACUUCGACGACUGGUGCGACCAGCCCAGUCGCUCAGCGUCGCGGUGGCGAAACUCGUGCCCAGACAAGAAGUCGAUGACCGGCACGAGUCGCUGGGGCCCGCGGCUUACGUCGCUGUCGACGGGUCUAAUCGGCGCGGGUACUGCGCUGACCACGCGUGCCAAGCAACUUUGCGUCGGCGAGUCGACCCACCGGGCGAUCAACCAGCUACGCAGGUCCAUGGUGGAGGUUUCGUCGGCUCGGACGGUAAAGACAUCGACGCCGGCCCAGCACCGAUUCAGCGAGUCCGAUAUCGACUGCUUCAACGACGUGGAGACCCAACCGGAAGCCGAGAAGGCUGGAGACGACGAGUGCGAGCAUGGCAAAGAGUGUGACUUGCCAUCACGUGGCAAUAAGCUGAAAAGGCUUCAGCCGUCACGCUCGUGGACCCAAGGGUGCGCAUAG